AAGGAGGUUCGACGGUUUCUCGGGAUGGCAGGGUGGUAUCGAAGAUUCAUACGGAACUUUGCAGAACUGGCGGCGCCGCUCACGGAUACCUUGAAAAAAGGCAAGUUCGUUAUGACAGAGGAGGCGGAGAAGUCCGUAAGGACGCUGAAGGAGGCGCUGAGUGCAUCACCGGUUCUGAGACAUCCGGAUUUUAAAAGGAUGUUUUAUGUACAGUGCGAUGCUUCAGAUACCGGAGUAGGAGCGGUACUGUUCCAAAUAGAGCUAGCCGGAGCCAGACCCAUGCCGAUUGGCGGACCGUAGGAUCAGGAGUUG